CGAGGAGAAAAAUUUAUCAUGUACUUCGGACAUCCAAUUUCGGAAGGAGAAAGACUUCUAUGCCGUGGUGAAAGUGUCGCACUUUUCGAGCGAGACGCUCAUUCCCAUCGCUUCAUAUCGUACUCGAAUACUGCAGCGGUCCCCUCAGUCACUUCCACACUUUCAGUCGCCAGGUCUUUCAUUUUCUCUGUUUACUCUUCUCAAAAUGUAUUUUCGAUUGCCUUUGCUCGGGGCGGUGGUUUUUCUCUCCUCGAAUGCUCUCGCACAAUCAUAUCGGUACCACCUAAAUACCAUCAGUACUUGUACAGGUUGGUACGACAACUCUGGUGAUUAUGGCUGUGCGGAAAUCAGAGAUGUUCUGGGUAUAUCGCCUGCAAACUUCACUCGAUGGAACCCUUCCAUUAGUCUCGAUUGUGAAGGCUGGGAAAUCUACACAUCGUAUUGCACUUGGGUAUCCUCAGAAUUCCCAACGCCCACAACAACCACCACAAAAUCUACCUCGACUGCUCCGACACCCACGGUAAAGCCCAGUCCCAGCUCAUGGACCCCAAUAGGAUGUUGGCCCGUAGGAGCCACUGACUUCCCAACUCUGGACUACAGCGCCUCAGCUAUUUCCAACAUCUCUGUGUCCAAGUGCGGCGAUGCCUGCUACAGCGUGAAGAACACCAACUACAUAUUUGCAGGUAUAUCGGGUGGCACCCAGUGUUUGUGCGGCGAUUUCGUACGGAAUGACAUGACGGACGAAAUCAACAAGAAAUGUAACAUUCCUUGUGCUGGAAGUGCGAACCAGACUUGCGGUGGCACGGGAUUCAUCAGUGUCUAUCAAGCUGUAUUUGCUCCAUUUAAUGAGACGACGACAAGCAUCAGCAGCAGUACAAGCCGCGCAAUUUCGAGUUCGACGAAAAUUUCUUCAACUAGCUCGUCGUCAGUACUUUCAUCCAAGACAUCUACAACUUCGUCGAAAGCUAGUUCUACAACAUCUUUAACUAUUUCUUCCACUUCGUCCAAGACGUCUUCUACCUCAUCCAAACCUUCGUCAACGUCCUCAAAGACUUCUUCCACGUCUUCCAAAACAUCUUCUACUUCUUCUAAGACUUCCUCAACUUCGUCAAAGACUUCUUCCACAAGUUCUCGUCCAACCUCAACAGCCGCACCAAUCAGCAGCGACGGAGCCUGCGGCUCCUUAUCAAAGGUCGGCGCAACCUGCACAGGGAGCACAUUCGGCACAUGCUGUAGUUCUUCAGGAUAUUGUGGAAACACCUCCGCUUACUGCGAUGCCGGCUGCCAGACCGCUUUCGGUAUAUGCAAACCCUCUGGCAGCAACACAUCCCCUGACGGAACUUGCGGUGGCACUGCAAAGUAUAACUGUCUAAACUCCGCAUUCGGAAACUGUUGCAGUCAAUAUGGAUAUUGUGGUAACACCGUUGAUCACUGCUCUACGGGCUGCCAAUCUGCUUUCGGGACAUGCACGACUACUGCCACGAGCCAAACCUCUGCUAAAAUCUCGACCGAUGGGACAUGUUCUGGUACCAACGGUUAUACUUGUGCGGGUUCCUCGUUCGGGGGUUGUUGUAGUGAGUACGGAUGGUGUGGAAAUACGGAUGAUCAUUGUCUUAAGAGUAAGAAUUGUAACGCGGCUUUUGGGAAGUGUACGUAGAUGUGUAGUUUCAGUACUAUCUUUUUCGUAGGGCAAGGACUAGGUGUAAUAAAGAUAAAAUCAUUGGAAAAGUGUAC